GGCAGCCAGGCAGCAAGUUGGCAGGAAGAGAGAUGUCAACACUAAAAGGAGAACCGUAAAAUGACUCUAUGUUGGCCCGGAGAGAGCUGCAGUUUUUUGUAAUCACACCAAUCGUGCUCCAGAGGAAUGUUUAUCCUGGGCGUCGCGAUUGUCGUGGUAUGGAUCAUAUCGCUUAGAGCUGUCCGUCUUGCUGCACACAUUGUAGGUUCGUUCAAGGACUCUGGCGAUAGCCGCAGGGAUAGCACGCUCACCCCAGCUCUCCGUUAGCAUUCCUGCAGCACUGGGAGGUCACAUCGCAUGGUAGGUUUGCAGUACUGACUGUGUGACCGCAACCAUGGAGAAACAGCCCUUUCUUGCAGCGGACAACUAAAGUCAAACACAGACGGAGGGGUGGAACAUGCUCAAUACAGAGCGCGGUGUGGUGGAGGAAUGGCUCUCCGAGUUCAAGACAUUACCUGAUGUCCAGCUCCCACAGUACGCUGGCAGUCUCCACCUGAAGAGGUCCCUGGUCCCAGCCCUCUACAGGGUCAUCCAGGCACACCCCAACAGUGAGCUGUUGGCUCCGGUGUGCCACCAGUUGUUUGAGCUGUACCGCACCGCCGAGGACCGCCUGCGGCGCUUCACCCUGCAGUUCCUGCCGGAGCUCAUCAACGUGUACCUCUGCCAUGCCACCAGCAGGGAGCGCUACAACACGGGCUGCAUCGAGGCACUGCUCCUGGGCAUCUACAAUUUGGAGAUUGUGGAUAAAGAGGGUAACAGUAAGAUCCUCUCUUUCACCAUCCCCUCUCUUUCAAAGCCUUCCAUCUACCACGAGCCAUCCAGCCUGGGCUCCAUGGCCCUGACGGAGGGAGCCUUGUGCCAGCACGACCUGCUCCAGGUGGUCUACAGCGGCCUCCACUCCCAGAGAGAGACCUUCACCUCCCAGAACAGGUUCGAGGUGCUGUGCUUCCUCAUGCUCUGCUACAACUCGGCCGUGGUCUUCAUGCCAGCAUCCUCCCACCAGUCAGCUUGCAGGAUGAGCUCGAGGCUGUGUGUGUGCGGCUAUCCCCGGCAGCAGCUGAAGGCCUGGAGAGAGCCCUGUCACCGCGUGCGGCUGGACCCAGAGUUCAUGGUGCAGAUGCUGACUGCCGUCUACCACGCCAUCUAUAAUGGUGAAUGGGACCUGGGAUAUGAGGCCCUGGAGGACAUUUUGUACCGAGCGCAGCUGGACCUAUAUGCCAGGCCUCUACUGCUGGCCAACUCGAUGAAGCGGUCCUUGCCGCCUCAGCCUCCAGACGGGGCCCGGAAGCUUCUGCCGGUGGAGGUGACGCCGACGGGGAGGCGUAUCUCUCAGACGGCGGUGACGGCGGCCUCUAUCCGCCGACUCCGAUGGAAGAGAGAGGGUACGGAUGGCUUUGACUACUCGAGUGAUGUCGAUUUGAGCGCCUUCCUGAACCCCAAGCCAGCGGGCCCCACUCAGCAGCCCCCGACCAAAGCAGCACCGCGUGUGCGCUCAAAGUACACCAUCCACCUAACGCUGCGUGAGGGUAGUUGUGCCCUCCCUUCCCCACACCCAAACAAAUCUGAACGGAGACACGUCUGUUUGUUCUUCCUGUCUUUUGAUGCUGAUGGUGUGAGCGGUGGAGAGGACUCCUUUGACCCAGACGAGGGUUUCUCCUCAGGAGCGUCGAGCAGCAGCCAGCCCAGCGUGAAGAAGGACGCGGCGGGCGCCACUCCCCGUCCACCACGGGAGCGCGAGGGCCCAGCUGGGAGGCUGCGCGACCUAGCGUCCGACACCAGGCGCGCUACGACGCUUCCACCAGCGCCACCAAUCCCCUCCGCCUCCUUCUCCGACCAAGGCCCCGGCGACCUCCUCCCCGCACGCCCACUCGCCCCGCACCCCAGAGCCCAGCCCAACGCAGCGCUACCUGGACCCCCGCUACGUGAUGCAGUUUGGGGCGCCGCUCAUCCGGACUGCCAGCACCUCGUCCAGCAAGUCGCUGGACUGCGGCGGCUUCAACGGCUCCACGGGCCCCAGCGCGUCGCUGGGGAGCCUGAGCGCGGCCGACCGCCCCCACUGCCUGCGGCCAUCAGCCUGCAGGAGGACCGGCUGAGCCGCGGGGCCAGGAGUCAGGACCGGCUCUCACCAGGAAGCCCCUUCUCCUCGGCGAGUCCCCUCUCCAAAGAGUCCCGGUCACGCUCCUCCAGCUUCAACAUGCAAAUCAUAUCACAAGUGUAG